UCAUAUUUAUUUUAAUAUAUUCUAUGGCUAGCAAAAAAUAUCCUCGACUUAAUUCAGCUGGAAAUGCUGAAGUAUCUCUCAAUUAUUGGCCAUAUUUCCCAAAAUCACCUAUACACCAACACAAUGCAACAUAUGAAUAUUAUAAACAAGGCUCAAUGUAUCAAUGGUUUUUAAGAUCAGCAGCCCAGCAAUGCCCAAAAAGUAAUCGUUCAGGAUAUUAUUAUUAUUGCCCAUAUACUGGACAACAUGAACGCUCUGUUUAUCGGUAUUAAUAAAGAAAGAAAAUAUGUAAAUGGCUGGAAUUAU